CGGGAGGGGGAGCUGCCGUUGCCAGGCAACGCCGCAGCGGGCCGGGGAGCGGCCUGGUGGGACCCGAAGCGGAGCAGGUCUGUCUUCAGUGAGAUUCAGCAGUAACCUUUAAUGAUGGGAGACAUCCUAGCUUAUGAAGCCGAGUUACUUGGGCUGGUGAAAGAGUAUUUAGACUUUGCAGAGUUUGAAGACACAGUGAAAACGUUUACAAAGGAAUGUAAAAUAAAAGGGAAGCCAUUACCUAAAACAGCAGGUGGUUCCUUGAGAGACUCAAAGGCUUUGAUUAUCCAGAAGGAUCUGCUUACAGCAUUUGAAGAUGGAGAGCAGAAAGUUUUCUUUGAACUUUGGGAGGAGCAUAUUUCCUCUUCACUCCGAGACAAUGAGCCUCUUGCCCAGAAGCUGGAAUUUUAUCUUCACAUCCACUUUGCCAUCUACCUCUUGAAGCACUCCGUGGGCAAGCCUGACAAAGCUGACUUUGAUGAAAGGAUUUCUCACUUUAAAACAUACCUGGAGACGAAAGGGGCGGCACUGAGCCAGACCACAGAAUUCCUCCCCUUUUAUGCUUUGCCUUUUGUUCCCAACCCCAUGGUCCACCCAUCAUUUAAAGAACUCUUUCAGGAUUCUUGGAUGCCGGAGUUAAAGACGAGGUUGGAAAAGUUCCUGUCUCUGACUCUCAAAGCCAGUCAUGCCCCAAGGCUUCUCACUUUAUAUAAGGAGAAUGGACAGUGCAGCAAAGAAAUCUUGCAGCAGCUUCAUCAGCAGCUGGUGGAGGCUGAGCACAGGAGCAUGACCUACCUUAAACGGUUUAAUAAAAUCCAGGUAGACUAUCACAAUCUCAUCGGGGUCACUGCUGAGCUGGUGGAUUCCCUCGAGGCCACAAUCAAUGGCAAGAUGAUCACACCAGAAUAUCUUCAAAGUGUCUGUGUUCGUUUGUUUAGCAAUCAAAUGAGACAAAGUAUAGCACAUAGUAUUGACUUCACAAGGCCUGGAACUGGAUAUUACUCUCUGAGCCCUUGUGAUGAUGGAUAUGCAUCAACAAUGUUAAGAGCAUCUUUAGCCCCUGUGAAAAUGCAGGAAGUGCCAUUGUUACCCUCUUUGGAUUAUGAGAAGCUGAAGAAAGAUCUGAUCAGUGGGAGUGAUCGUCUUAAAGCUUUCUUACUGCAGGCUCUGCGCUGGCGCUUGACGACGUCUCAUCCCGGUGAGCAGAGAGACACCGUCCUGCAGGCUUAUAUCAGCAAUGACCUACUGGAUAUCCAUAACAGUAGCCAGAGAAAUGUGCUAAAAUUGCUACAUUCCAAGAGUGAGGUGGUCCGACAGUAUGUGGCGAGGCUUAUCAAUGCUUUUGCUUCGCUGGCAGAAGGUCGGCUCUACCUUUCCCAGAACCCAAAGUUGCUGCGAGUGCUGGAGGAAAGGCUGAAAGCUGAACACAAGGAUUCCCUUACACGGGAGAAUGUUCUGGGGGCUUUGCAGAAAUUCAGCCUCAGACGUGCCUUGCAGUCAGCUAUGAUCACUGAUGGGCUCAUUUUCUGGCUGGUUGAUGUUUUAAAGGAUACGGACUGCCUGUCAGAUUACACGCUGGAAUAUUCUGUCGCCUUGCUCAUGAAUCUUUGUCUCAGGAGUUCAGGGAAGAAAAUGUGUGCGAAAGUUGCAAACCACGUGCUCAAAGUUCUCUCUGAUCUCCUUGGCCAUGAGAACCAUGAGAUACAGCCCUAUGUGAAUGGAGCGCUGUACAGCAUUCUUGCUAUCCCUUCUAUACGAGAAGAAGCCAGAGCAAUGGGAAUGGAAGAAAUUCUGCGGUGCUUCAUCAAGGAAGGAAACGCCGAGAUGAUCCGGCAAAUUGAAUUCAUUAUCAAGCAACUCAAUUCAGAAGAGCCAUUGGAUGAUAGUGUUGAGUCUGAUGAUGAAGAGGAGGAUGAAGAUGAUGAAGAGGACCGUCAUACAAUGGAGGCUGAUCUGGACAAAGAUGAGGUGUUACAACCUCAGCUGGGAGAGCUAUCAGGAGAGAAGCUGCUGACAACAGAGUAUUUGGGAAUAAUGACCCAUACACCAAAAGUGAAGAAGAAGCUGUUUCCUGGUGUCCAUCAGAGCAUAGAUGAGCCUCUCCAGAGACCAGUCACCCCAAGCUAUCACAGAGCUGCAUACCCAACGCCAGAAAAUGAUGCCAUUUCUUCACAUGGCAGGGAUGGCAAAUUCCAGUCUAUGCAGAACUGUCGUCCUCCCACUCGGAGCGGUAGCAGGUCCAGCACUUCUGACUUUUACAUUUCCUCUGCAUCAAUUGAAACAGACUCAUCCCAGGUGUUCUCAGUGGGUCUCAGAACGGAUCAACACGUCUCAGAAGUUACUGAAGUCCUGUGUGCCCGAUCCACUGAUUUUGUCCAGGACAAAAUUAAUGGGCAAUCAGACAGCAGCGAGUUUUCCUCUGCCUUCACUGGCAAACGUAGGGUCCCCCGCACUCCCGAAGUGCAGAGUCCCAGCCCUCGAAAGGGAAAGAUCCCAACCAUUGCACCACAGUUCUCACAGUCUGGACCGCAGCAAACAAGCCGGCCUAGCUCUUCGGGAUCAUCUACAAGAAGCAGGCAGAGCAGCCAGUCCUCUAGGAAGUGAGAACAGUUCCUUUCUUCAGCAACCACCUGGCUUAUCCUUUAAGGACACAGGUAGCAUCUUGUAACAAGACUCCUAGCUUCACUGGCAGCGGCCCCAGAGGAGAGUGAGGUUAUCAACACUCCACCGCAUAUGCCUUGCACGUGGUUCAGGGAUUAUCUGAUGGGAUGUGUCCCCUCCUGGUUAAAACAAGAGACCUUCUCAGGAAUCACGAUUCGGGUAGCAGCACCGCUCCAGCAGCAGACGAGGACUGGUUGGGUAGAUGUACGCAAUCCAACUAUUCCUGAAGCGACAUUGCUGAAUAGCAUUAAAUAGUGUGUGUAUGUGUGCCUUCCCCCUACUCCACCUAGGGACUGCCCUGGGGAGAAGGUCCAUAGGGCUGAUGUAAUGAGCUGGCUGAAGUGUACUGUUUACAUGUUGUUCGCUAGACCAAUUUCUGGACCUGCUUUUUAAACUGGCCCUUGGUUUAUGAGCUGAGGGGAUGGAACAUCUACGUACAGGGAAACUUCAGCAGCCAAGAAAGACCAUGUGUCUGGUUCUGCGCUGACUAACACCUCAUGCAAUCAUGUUCACUUCAUGGGACUUACAUGCAUGUAAGUGAGCUCUGAAUUUGGCCCGCUGAGAUGUGUGCUGGGUGCUUGAUCAACAGGGAUCCUAGUCUUCUGUGAUGAAAACCCCAAAAUUCUCCUAUAAAAAAAAAUUAAAAAUCCACCUUUUUAGGUGAUGAAAAUGAAACACAGAACUUUCGUUUCCCAAGUCACCAUAUCUAUAGGUAUCAAUUGAACACGAUGUUUUAUUGGUAUAUUUACAAUUUGUAAGCGAGUUCAAAGCCUACCAGUGCCAUCAGUCCUUAAAAUAAAAUAAAAUGAAUAGAAUUGCAAUUUGUAUUUCUUGCAUAUACCAGAUACAUCUAUGUCUGUAUUCUAUACAGUGGAACCCCAUUUAUCUGAUCUAACUGGAAUGGUGGCAGAUCCGCUGAAGCCCAAGCUCUGCCGCCCGGGGCUGACAGCUCCAGUUUGGUUAUGAUGGACAGCUGGAUAAUGGAGGCUCCGCUAAAGUGUAUGUCUUUAUUUUUUCACAAAAUGUAAAAGCUGAAGCUUCUCUGUAAAAACGCCAAUUGUGCGUUUUUCCGUGGCAAAUGGAUUUCUAGGAUCCCUGUUCAUCCACCUUAUUUGAGAAGUGUGAGUCUGAGGUAUGGGGGGGAAUCUUUUGCAGGUAUUAGUUGGUGUGUACUCAGCAGGCAGUGUUCCGACUCCUCCACCGGGAAGGUGCGUGUGGACCUGCUCCAUUCUGCUGAAGAAUAUAAAAUGGGCAAAGGAGCGACCGGUGGCAACUGAAGCAAUAUUUCACCAUUGCCCAAAUGCGUGGCAGUGCUUUCCAGUAGGGAUCUGCUCAGCAGCCUUCCCUGAGGGCACCGACCCUUGCGGAGCAUGCAUCCUGUUUUUAAAACCCAUUGAAUGAAUAAUCCGCUUUCUCACUCGGGAUGAAGAACUGUUUUCUCCUUGUGAGUCCCUGAGCCAGUCUCGAGCAAUUCUUCCUUAACACAACCCUCCAAAGUGCACCUGGGUAUCCUUCCUUGACCCUUUGUCACCCUCUGUGACAUUCCUUACAUCUGACUUUGAACAAUGAUCUGUUACAUCUUCUUGUGAAAUCUUAGCAGGAACCGGUUUUCUCAAAAUAGACUUGAGCUGUUCUUCAGUAAAUGUAAAGUGGAAGGUGAGUGGGUCAAUCACUGAAUAAGAACUAGAGCAGUUAAUCCUAGCAGUGAUUUAUGAUGCAGAAAUUUGUUUUGUUGUUCAUUCUUUUAAAUGUAGCAGCGAUCAGGAAACACUGCAAUAGCCACCGGGACUGGCUUUUCAGUAAUAUCCCGUCAGGUGUCAGCACUGAUGGAAACAAAAACAAGAAGCCCUCUUCCAAAUCCUGCACAAUCUGCCUUUGUAGUCUGGCUGCUGACUGGGGGAGAGGGAUGGGACAGCCAGUGCUUUUUCACUUUUUUACAUGUUCACUUUUCAAAACCAAACAUCGGGGUGCAGGGAGAGAGAGAGAGAGGGGAGUUGAGGCCUUUUGUGCUGGGAUUACUGCAUGUGAGGAAAGCAAGUCGAAAACCUUAGACAUGAUAAAGCAACACUGAAUUGAGAGCAUUUGCAAAUUAGAAUGAACCUGAUGGUGGUUUAAAUGGCCCACUGCCUUUGAAACAAAAAUGUCAUCACUUUCCCAUAGGAAAGAAAUGGUUGAAUUGUCAUUGAUGGCUUAUACUGAACGGAAAGAAAGUUUUACACUUGGAUUUAGACCUUGGGUGGCAAAUUUCAGCCUAGGGUGAUAUUAAAUAGUCAGGGUCAGUUCUUAAUUGGUGCAAAUUGGCAUUAAGUCCAUUGAGCACAGUGAAACUGUGCCGAUUUACUGCGAAUGGGGCUGAGGAACAAACCCAAACCCUUGGACAUUAGACUUCAUUUUGGAAUUGGGCAAAUACUGAUGGGUUUGAAAUAUUGCAAUUUACAAAGACCAGAUCACUUUGUAAUUUUAAUUUGUCCACAGGAAGGGUAAAGUAAUCAGGAAAUCAGCCGUUCUUACAUAGUUCCAUAUCUGCAUAGGACCAAAAGUGAUUGUGGGUCCUCUUUGACCUCUGUCCUCUAUCAUUUUAAAACUUUCUUUAAAAAUCUUUAUGCCAGAGAAAAAACUCGGGGAGGGGGAGAUCCAACUCCUUAUGCAGAUCUCCCCAUCUUUACUUGGGAGAGGCAAAUGCCAUCAGGUGAAAAUUCCUGCUGAUUCCUAAGAAGGCUGCGACAGACAGAAUAUUAACAUCCCAAGGGUGGCUCUGUGGAGGUUUGAUGGGGUUAAGUGUCAGUCUAGCUAGCUUUGCUUUUUCCUCUUAAGCAUUAUCUUUUUCCAAUGUAAAAUAUCAAGACUACUUGUUACAAAUGGGGUGCUAGGUAUGUGCAUUUGCAUUUCCUGAUACCCAGAAUUCCCUUUCAGUUCCGUUUUUUUAUUAUACAGCAGUGCUGGGGUUGACCUUAGAAAGAAUGGGCCUGCUUCUGUGAGAUGCGAGCAGCUUUUGUGAAGGGUUGAGCACUCUGUAUUUUAUUAAACUUAACAGGCCCGAUCCUUUGCUGGUGCAGAAAUCUAGUGUAACGCCUUUGAAUUUUUAACAAUGAGGCAGUUAACAUUGGAACAACUUACCCAGGGUUGUGGUGGAUUCUCCAUCACUGGCGACUUUUAAAUCAAGAUUGGAUGUCUUUCAAAAGAUCUAUGGUUUGCAGUAUUGUUGUAGCUGUGUUGGUCCCAGGAUAGUGGAGAGACAGGGUGGAUGAGUUAAUAUCGUUUUAUUUGGAUCUACUCCUGUUGGUGAAAGAGAGAAGUUUCAAUCUUAAUUCUGUGUAAGCUUAAAAGCUUGUCUCUCACCAGCAGACGUUAGUCCAGUAAAAGAUAUCACCACACCCACUUUGCGUGUCUCAGAUAUGCUGUAGUUCAAACAGAAAGUAACUCACAGUCCUGAGGCCUGUGUUGCGCAGGAGGUCAGAAUGCGGUCCCUUCUAGCUUGGAAUCGAUGACCGUCAGUGGAGUUACUCUGAAUUACACCAACUAAGGGUCAGGAUAAUUGAGGGCACAGAGCACCUUGCAGAAUUGGGCCCAAAUCAACAAGCCGGGGAGGGGAGAAAUAGUUCUUUCUUACAGGGGCCUUUACAAGUGAGGACUUUAUGGAGUUUUCCCCACUUUGAGCCACUAGACAUGUUGGAGUGUCAAUCUAUAAUUUGCAGACUUUAUCAGACUGUUUUUGUGCUACCCUCAGUCCACCUAAGUAAUUGACUAGAUAUGACAAUUUUCCAUCCAUUUUUGCAAUGAAACCGUGUGUGUGUUUAAACUACAUUCUCAGCAGUGCCAUUCCUAUUAAAGGCUGAUAAAGUACCUUUAUUCUGUGGAAAAGUUGGAAUGUCAAUCAUGCAGGCAGAACUUUUUCAGUCUCAUAAAUGUAAGUAUUGCUGUUGAUAAAGGGUUACAAGUAGCCAGAUAGUAAAAGAGGGAACAGGAUAACGUGCAUGCAAUAAAUUCUGCACCUCAUGCCUAAAGGAAGUUAGUCACUUUCACAUGCUCUCGAAAGGCUGCUGGUUGGUAAAACAUGCCCACGAUAAAUCCAUAAUCAGAACAGUGGAGAAUACCGUGCUUGAGUGCUUCAUUGCUUAGUUAAACCAGCUGUGUUCUUGUUUACAGGAAGCUAAUACAGCAGUUCCACAUAUGAAAAGAGGAAAGCGUUCUGGGGUCAAAAGGCUGUGAGUCUACUUUAAGUUAUAGAAAAGGAGUACUUGUGGCACCUUAGAGACUAACCAAUUUAUUUAAGCAUAAGCUUUC